GAGAGAGAGGGAGAGAUGGAAGACGAUAAGCAGAGGAAGGAGGGCCCGGGUGUUGAUGGAGGGGGCGGGAAGGGGGAGGAGGAUGGGUUUUUGGAGGGAAUGGCGGUUGUGGACUUCGACAUGCUCUGCGCGACUGUGGCGCUGCAGACGAGGGGUUUCUCGGCGGGGAAGAACGGAGGGGAGGUUGAGGGAGGGGGAGGGAGAGGUGGUGGUGGUGGCUUGCAGAGGUUGUGGGAGGGCGACGUCUUCGACUGCUUCCAGGACCGCCGCAUCGCCAUUGAGUCUUUUUGCUGUCCUUGUUGUACUUUUGGGAAAAACAUGAGGAGAGCGGGAUUGGGUUCGUGUUUUCUUCAGGGAGCUGCAUAUCUCUUCCUUUCAGUGGGUGCUCUUCUUGGCUAUAUCGCAUUUUGUGUCACCAAGAAGCACCAUUUCCUAUUUAUAGCUGUUGCUUUGACCAUUUCGGCUGCGUUAUACCUGGGAUAUUGGCGUCUACGGAUACGAAGGCAAUUCAAUAUCAGGGGUAGCGAUAGUGCUGUGGAUGAUUGUAUGAAUCAUCUUCUUUGCCCAUUUUGCACGUUAUGCCAGGAAACGAGGACCUUGGAGAUGAACAAUGUUCGCGAUGGAGUUUGGCAUGGCAGGGGCGACACGAUUUGCAUAGGGAGUAGCGGGACAGCAAGUGGUCCUCUUUUAGAAUUACGCCAAUCUCCCAUCGUAGUAACCACCAUGUCCCCCGGAGUUUGCAGUAUGCAGAGACCUGAAAACAGUGACAGCGUUCAUUCGUGGACUGCAGAUUGCAGCCACUCAGAGCCUCUCGUGCCUCCAACUUCCUGAAACGGCCGGUUGUUGUUUGUAAAUAUCUAGAAAUUUGAAAUCCCUUCUGUGGAAUAUUUUGUAAGGGAAUGGCCACAAUUGGUGCUUAUUUAUCUGUACAAGUAUCAAACUUGGAAUUGAAAUGCUAACUAAUGUCAGGCAAUCUUACUCACCAAAAUUGAGUAUCGUGUCUUCUCU